GCACCAGCUGCGGGAAGAGCUUCCAGGGGAGGUCAGGCCUGGCGAGGCACCGCUGCGGGGAGAACCAGGUAGGCAAGGAGGGCAGGAGGAUGGCCACUGCAAGCACGACAGGGGGAGAAGAGUGCCGGUACACAUGUGACCAGUGUGGCCGCUCCUACGCCCAUGCCAGCUCCCUCCUCAACCACAAAAACACCCACACCGUAGGCAUUUACCACUGUGCCGUGUGCCUCAAGACCUAUUCCAACCUCCUGGCCCUCAAGAACCACCGGCGCAUCCAUUCAGAGAUACGACGUCACCGCUGCCCAGAAUGCGGCAAGGCUUUCCGUGUCUCCUCCCAGCUCAACAGCCACCGUCGCGUCCACCUAAAGGAGAGGGAGCUAACUUGUGGCCCCUGCCAGCGCAGCUUCCCCAGCCAGGCCAGCUUCCGCCUCCACCAGGAGAUCUCCCACGGCCAAGCCCCCAGGCCCCCCCAGCAGACACAGGCCAGAGCUGGGGGAGCAUCUGGGGGCACAUCCGGUGGCGGGAGCUCAGGCCUUAGCUGGGACUCCGGCCUGGAUCUCACGCUGUUGCAGGCCCAAGGACUGGACCCCAAUGGACUACCCAAAAUGAACUCCCUGUCCUUCCAAGGCCCCAGUGGCAGCAGGAGCCGUGGGGCGACGGGGACCAAGUCGCACAUCUGCAACCAGUGUGGCCGUGCCUACCUCCAUGCCAGCUCCCUCCUCAACCACAAAAACAGUCACAAAACAGGCGCCUACUUCUGUAACUCCUGUCAGAAGGAGUUUCCCAACCUGAUGUCCCUCAAGAACCACCGGCGCAUUCACACUGAGCCCAAACGUUUCCAGUGCCCCGACUGCGGAAAGUCCUUCCGUGUGUCCACCCAGCUCAUCUGCCACAGGCGCAUCCACACCAAGGAAAAGCCCUUUUCCUGCCAGCAGUGCGACAAGCGCUUCUCCAGCAAGUCCAACCUGCGCCACCACCAGAAGGUGCACUGGAGCAGCUCAGCGCCCCCCACCAUGGCCAUGGGCGCUGCCAGCUUCCUGGGUCAUCCACCAAUUGGCGCAGGGAGACCACCCAAGUUGUAUGUCUGUGACCAGUGCGGCCGUGGUUACCGCCAUGCCGGAUCCCUCCAGAACCACAAGAACAUCCACAAGACAGGUGCCUAUUUCUGCAGCUCUUGUCAGAAGGAGUUCUCCAACCUGAUGGCUCUCAAGACCCAUCGGCGCAUCCACACUGAGGUCAAACGCCACCGGUGCUCAGACUGUGGAAAGGCCUUCCGUGCGCCUAGCCAACUCAUCGUCCACCGGCGCAUUCACACCCAGGAGAAGCCCUUCUCCUGCCAGCAAUGCACCAAGCGCUUCUCCAGCAAGUCCAACCUACGCCACCACAUGAAGUUGCACUGGAGCAGCUCAGCGCCUUCCAGUUUCCUGGGUAAACCGGUAAUUGGUGGGGGGGCCAAAUCGCACGUCUGUGACCAGUGUGGCCGAGCCUACCGCCACGCCAGCUCCCUCCUCAACCACAAGAAUAUCCACAAGACUGGGGCCUAUUUCUGCACCUCCUGUCAAAAGGAGUUUCACAAUCUGAAUGCCCUCAAGAACCACCAGCGCAUCCACACGGAGACCAAACGCUACGAGUGCCCGGAGUGCGGAAAGUCCUUCCGUGUGUCCUCCCAGCUCAUAAUCCACCGACGCAUCCACACCAAGGAGAAACCCUUCUCCUGCCAGCAGUGCGACAAGCGCUUCUCCAGCAAGUCCAACCUGCGCCACCACAUGAAGUUGCAUUGGGGCGGCGCAGCGCGUCCUGUGCCCACCAAUGUGUCUGUGGCUGCUACCAGUGUCACCCUCUUGGCUCUGCCUCAGACCCAUAUCUAUACAAAGUAUGGGUGGGGGUGGGGAAAGGGGAAGCAUUGAAAUGCCAAUGUUCUGGAGGUGCCAAAAGUCUUCUUCACCCUCCUCAUUCACCACCAUCUCCCUCUUGUUAUAGAGUGUGAUUUUUCAUAGAGCAGGUUAUGUGGUCUAGACAUGCAAGGCCCUGCAUGCAACCCCAGACAAGGGGAGAAAGUGGACUUGACAUGGACGAUGUCUACACUGGUUGCAAAAUCUUCACCCAUAUGCCUUCAUCCCACCCAAUCAGUUAGCUGUGCUUGCUACAUUCACUCGAUGGCCUUUGCUAGGGGACAACAACCCUUCCGCCUGCAAUGGUACACCAGGAUUACUAGUAAAAAACCUUCAAUAUUAAGGUUUUGGGAUUGUUCCUUUUUGACUGCUACACAUCAUUAUAUCUGUUAAUCUUCAAUGAAGCCUUUGCUUGCGGCUUUUGUUGUGUCAUACAGUAUAAAAUAUAUUGAAGAGUAAAGUUGAGAUGUACUUUGACAUUUGACAUCGUAAAGAUUGAGUUUUAACGGUGAAUGUAGUGGUUGGAGAUGUCACAUUUCUAUAUUCUAGAACUGACCUGAGGGUGUAUUGCUCUCUUGUGAGGUUCUAAUUGUUUUCUAACUUGUGUGUUUCUUGCAGCACGAAGAUGAGCUUCAAACCUUAUUAUUCUGCAGAUGACAGCAAUGCUCUUUAUCGGUUGCUACUUUCUGGCAUCACAUUUCUGUAUUCCUCCCAUUAUUUAAAAAUGGCUCUGGACCCUCAUAUUUUAAACAGUAUGCCUAACCAGCAAACACGUAUAGAUGAUUAAAAAAACAUGGAUAAAAGUAAAGAAAUGUAUAUUGUUAGGCCGGUGCCGGUAUUUGGUUUUAUCAUGUAUCGUAAUUAUAUUUCUAACUGUAUUAUUAACAGUACGACUUUUAUAAAUCAUUGUAGCAGCAUUAUUUGUAGCAGCACUUGUGAAAUAAAUGAUAGUCUUAGGAUCUCUCAGUUUAGGAGAUGUGUUGUAACCACUCCUUGUCCUUACACUUACCCCUGACUAUUCAUCAUGUACAGUGGGGGAAAAAAGUAUUUAGUCAG